AUGGGCUCCAAUCCGAGAGCGCUCUAUCACCCCAUGAAAAAGCCGAACUUGCCCAAGAGAUUGUUGCGCUCCGGAAAGAUGGGCAAGCUCGUCAUCAGCGCGCGGGCAAAGGAGAGUCCCGAUGACGAGGCGGGGGAUAUCGACGAGGAGCUCGGCUUCAUCAACACGAUCAUGAAUCAGUUGUCUGUUGCGGAGGAUGGAGAAGGAGAGGCUCCGUCCAAGGAAGAUCUACUCAGGAUAUACCUUGGUUUCUAUGCGGAGCGGGAGAUCAAGCUUAGCGUUAAGGUUAAGGGGGAUUUAAAUGUUACUUUACUGUUAUGA